AUGACAAGUUUGGAGAGAGAUUAUGGAAAAUUACUGUUUUCAGAUGAACAAGACCUCACAGAACACAAGGCUGGUGUUUCCUGCAGUAUUACUGACAAUAGGGCUAUAGAUCAACCCAUGAAAUGUUGCAAACAAGAGAAGAAUGCAGAUGUAGUAGCCAAGAGUGGCAUUCGAGGGUAUGGUGUUGGAAUGGGUAACUCGAUACAGUAUCACAGUGGGGAGACAAAUAUUACAGGACACACUGCGCUCAAUCAUGUUGCUGCAGAGGUGAGGAAUAGAACGGUAAUCACAGAUAUCUUUCUGUUAGGAAUACCAAGUUUCCAGCAAUAUAAGAUUUUAUCUUUCUCUCUGUUCAUUGUUGUUUACUGGGUGACAAUAUGUGGUAACCUCCUGAUAAUCUCACUGGUGGUGAACAGCAAGAAUCUCCAUUCUCCUAUGUACUUCUUCCUUACACAGCUUUCUAUGUGUGACAUUUUUUCUGCCACAGAUAUUGUCCCCAAUAUGCUUUAUGUUAUCCUCAAUGAUGGAGGCCUCAUUUCUCUUAAGGGCUGUAUCACUCAAUAUUUAAUCUUUUGUUCUUCAGGAAGCUCAGAGUCUUUCCUUCUGGCAGUGAUGUCUUAUGACCGUUAUUUGGCCAUAUGUAACCCACUGCGUUACAGUGCUAUAAUGAACCACAUUUUUUGCCUUAAAUUGGUUAUAAUGUGCUGGGUUAUAAGUUAUUUAGUGUUACUUAAUCAAGCUAUACCAGUACUUAAGUUAUGGUUCUGUGGGCCACAUGUGAUUGACCAUUUUUUUUGUGAUUUUUACCCGUUGCUGAAACUUUCCUGCUCAGAUACUUAUGUAGUUGAAUUUGAAUGUAACUUGCUUUCAAUCCCAUUAAUUAUUUUUCCUUUCUUCAUCAUUAUUGUUUCAUAUAUCUAUAUUGCUUUCACCAUCCUAAGAAUUCCAUCACUUACUGGAAGACAUAAGGCCUUCUCUACCUGCAGCUCUCACCUGCUUGUUGUCUUUAUAUUUUAUGGGGCCCUGACAAGUAUUUAUUCAGUUCCUAAAAAAGCAAAUUCACAAAGAUUAAGUAAGCUUCUGUCUCUGCUGUACACUGUGGUAACACCAUUGAUUAACCCUAUCAUUUAUAGCUUCAGAAAUAAGGACAUUCAUAAAGCAUUUAAUAAAUAUAUCAAGGAUAUUUCAAACAGAUAA